ACCCUUUUGCUUUUCGUGUUUUUGGAUUGUUGUAGAUCUACAAAGAUAAUUAAAGAAGAUGAUCCAAGAACUGUUGGGUGGUGCUAGCCUCAUAGCAGGAGAAAGAAAACCCUCCAUUAAUGGAGGAGGAGGAGUUCUACUCCCAACUACACCAUCCCCUUCUUCUCUUCCCUCUUCUACAACCAAUGUUACCACCACAUCCGCAACAACAACCACAACCCCCAACACCUCUGCCACGUCAUCAACUUCAGAAAACCAAAACCUUAGAUGCCCUCGAUGCGAUUCAUCGAACACCAAGUUUUGCUACUACAACAACUACAACCUCACUCAGCCUCGCCACUUCUGCAAGACGUGUCGCCGCUACUGGACCAAAGGUGGCGCUCUUAGGAACGUUCCCAUCGGUGGCGGCUGCAGGAAAAACAAGAUCAUCGGUGUGACGAACUCCGUGGCAAAGACAGCCUCGACCAAGAUGAAAACCGUUGCAUCGGAGCUUGGUAAAACCUCAAAUUUUGGUCCUGGUGGGUUGGAAGUUGAGCAUGAACUUCCACCCCCGAGCCAAAUCCUUUGGGGCUCGCCACAAAAUACUCACCUUCUUGCUUUGCUGAGAGCUAGCCAGAAUCAAAACCCUAACCCUAACCCUAGUCCCAUGUCCAUAAGUGUCAAGGAAGAAGGGAACUUAAUGGGCCACAUGGUGGGUUCUGAGCCCUUGGUUUCAAAUGGGUUGCUGAAUCAUCGAUUACCAUAUGAUGCUGUUUCACAAGUUCCUUCAGUUAGCCUAUGCAGCUCGUUUUGGAGAAACAACCAAGAUCACCAACCUCAACAACAAAAUGGAGGCUUCGUACUUGGGGAACAUCACAACACUGGAAUUCAAGAGCUUUACCAGAAGCUUAGGUCAUCAUCGGUUAAUAAUUAUUGUAGUGACAACUCAUCACAAGUGCUUAUGGGGAACGUGGCUUCUAAUUAUUCUUCUUCUAUAUCCAACAAUAUUUUAGAGCCAACUUCAGUUACCUCUGGUGAAUUGGGAUACUGGAAUAAUUCAACUUUUUCUUGGUCUGAUCUUCCAACCACGAACGGUGCUGGUGCAUAUCCGUAACAGUGAUAACUAUUUUACUCUCUAUUUUGUUCACCGUUCAAAUUUUCACUUUUCUAUUAGAUAGUGGCAUAGUGGUCCUGAUUACUUUGUAUCUUAAGAGUUUGUUUCUUUUAUGGUUGCUUUGUUUUGGGUGGUAUAUGAAUAUGGACCUAGCACUUUUUUCUUUUCUUUUCUUC